AUGGAGGAGCUUCCCGUUUCCAACCAGUGCAUGACAACCUACACAAUAGAAACCAAAAACCUCUCAUACACUCACCAAAACCCACGUCACCACCAAUUUACCCGCCUAUUCUCCUCCAAGACAUCAUCAUCAUCAUCACCACCCAAGUACAUCAUCAAGAACGUCACCAUCUCAGCCCUGCCCGGCCAGCUCACGGCCAUCGCCGGGCCCAGCGGCGCCGGCAAAACCACUCUCCUCGAGCUCCUCGCCGGCAAAAUCCCCCCCGGAAAAUUCUACGGUCAGAUCCUCGUCAACGGCAGCCCAAUCAACCCUUCCACCUUCCGCCGCCUGUCCGGCCACGUCAGCCAAGACGACACCCUCUUCCCCCACCUCACCGUUGAGGAGACCUUCACCUACUCCGCCCUCUUCCGUCUUCCCCGCCGCCGGGCCCACCACCGGGCCCACCACGUCAUCCUCGACCUCGGCCUCGACCACGUGGCCCGCUCGAGAAUAAUCGAUCUCUCCGGCGGCGAGAGGCGCCGGGCCUCGAUUGGCGUUGAGCUCGUCCACGACCCUCGAGUUUUGUUCGUCGACGAGCCGACUUCCGGCCUCGACUCCUCCUCGGCCCUCCACGUCGUCUCCCUUCUCCGGUCGGCCGCCGUGGCGGCCGGCCGGACCGUCGUCCUCACCGUCCACCAACCGAGCUCUCGAAUCCUUGACCUCCUCGACAAUCUAAUCCUCGUCUCGAACGGGCUCGUCGUUCAUCACGGCCCGCUCGACCUUCUCGAGUCCCGUCUCCGCCUCGUCAUCCCCCCGCGCCACGUCAACAUCCUCGAGUUCGCCAUCGAAAUCGAAAUCGAAACCAAAACUCUAUCAUCGUCUCACCAACGAACGACGACGACAAUCGAGCGUCGUGGGCCCGUACUCGCUAUGUGCCCCACGACGAAGACUUUCUACGCAAACUCGCGGCUCGACGAGAUGCUAGUGCUCGGAGACCGGUUCCGGAAGAACAUAUUCCGGACGAGGGAGCUCUUCGCGGCGCGGGCAGUUCAGGCGGCCGUCGUGGGGUGCGCGCUAGGGACCGUGUACAUGAACGCGCGGGAAAAAAACUCGGAGACAACGCGGCUCGGGUUCUUCGCGUUCACGCUGAGCUACCUGCUGACGUCAUCGACCGAGGCGCUACCGAUAUUCCUACGGGAGAGGAAGGUGCUCGAGCGGGAGGUCUCGUCCGGGGCUUAUCGAGUCUCGUCCUACGUGGCGGCCAACGCGCUCGUGUUCGCGCCUUUUCUUUUGCUAGUCGGGUUGCUUUACAGCGCGCCCGUUUAUUGGCUGGUGGGGCUCAGACGGGAGGUGGACGGGUUCCUCUACUUUGCGGUGGUCGUGUGGGCGGUGGUGAUGGCGUCGAACUCGUUCACGGCGUGCUUUAGCGUGCUUGUACCGGAUUUCAUCGUGGGGUCGAGCGUGAUAGCCGGGCUGAUGGGCUCGUUUUUCUUGUUCUCGGGAUAUUUCGUGGCGAGGGAGGAUAUGCCGAGGUACUGGGUUUUGAUGCACUAUUUGAGCCUCUUCAGGUACCCGUUCGAGAGCAUGUUGAUGAAUGAAUAUGGCGGGAAGAGGUGCGUGGAGUAUGUGGGGGAGGAGUGUGUGUUGUAUGGGGAAGAGUAUUUGAGGGAGAAGGGUUUCAGGGAGUGGGAGAAAUGGAGUCAUUUGGGUGUGAUGUUUGGUUUUGCGGUUGGGUAUAGGGUCAUUUGUUUUCUCAUUUUGUGGUGGAGAGGGUGUGGGGCGAGGAAAUGA